CCCCUCUUUCCCUGAACACCAAAGAUGGUGGUUGAGAUGUUGAGGUGUCGUAGAAUCAGUUGAAUAGAACGGUUACAUGGGAUUUUCAAAACCCGUUUUCAGUACAACAUUCUUACAAAAAAAAACAAGUGAUUCCCGACAACAAAUCGAAGAAAACAAAUUCUUCUAUUCUGCGUGUUCAAGUACAUUCAUCUAAACAAGUUUGGUGUUUAAAUCAUAAAAAUAGUCACCGAUAAAAAUUGAGAAUUUUAACAAUGUACGUCAGCUGACAAAUGUUUACGGGUGUUUAUUAGUGGCAUACCCGAUCAGUGCUUGAAACAAAAUCCUUUGUAUAAUUUAGAAAUUCAAGUUCCUAGGCACUUUUUGAUCUAUGAGUGAAACAAUUAUUCCACUAUGCAAAAGUUACAAGAACAAGGCUGGUACCUUUCGGAGCAGGGAUAUGAAAUAGUCAGUGAUGCCGGUUCUAUAAAUGAUUUACAGAAAAUCAUAAAAAGAUCUGUUGAUUUAGAUCUCAGAGAAAUUGGAAGUGGCCAAGGCGACAUUACAAAUGGCAAUCUUGUCCUACAAAUUCAAAAAUUACGAAACAUAGCUGCUCCAAAAUACAAUGAAGAAUCACGAACUGCUCCACGAAUGCUGAAACUGUCCCUGACUGAUGGCAAAAACAAUUAUCAAGCUGUAGAGAUCGAUCACAUCUCUGGAUUAGGGUUGAAUACUCCGCCGGGCACAAAAGUGUUGUUGAAAUCUGGCAACGUUCUCCUAUCUCACGGUAUUAUAUUACUGUCGUCAAAAAAUAUUGCCAGAGUCUUGGGUGGAAAAGUUCCUAAUCUUGUGGAAAAGUGGGAACUGAACAGGAAACUUGCAACCCAUUCACGGCUUCGUUCAGUAGAAGAAGGCGGUCCACCUCCUUGGAUUCCAUUUGGUAAAAAAAUUAUAAAAGGGGGUAUUGAAAAGGAUAAAAAUUUCAAGGCUCUGGGAAAAGAUUCGGACAAGGAAACAACGGAGUUUGAAGCUCAACGACAAGAUGCAAUUGCAGAAGCUGCUCGACUGGGGGGAAAAAAAAUAUUCGGCGGCGGGAAUAAGCAGUUACUGGAUCACAGUGUUCAACGUAUCGUGGAUCAAGGAUUUACGGUCGAACAAGCUGAAUACGCAUUAAAAAUCAGCCGAAAUCAUGUCGAAAGAGCACUCAAAUCUUUGCAACGAACGAAUGACUCUCGUUCGACUUCUGCACGCGAGCCUCGGGAAACUCGUGAACCUCGAGGCAAACGAUUUGAGAAAAAAACUGAAGAGACAAAGCCAAGUAGCGGAAAAGUGUCACUUUUUGAUUUUCUGGAAGACAAAUUACCAGCGCAGAGUGACGUACCAGAAACUCAGUCCAAUUUCCAGCAACAGUAUCAAAGAUCGAACGAAAAUAGCAAUGUUCAAAGGCUUGAAAAUCAAUUUGAGCGGCUAGAGCUGCGAGGUUCGGAUCAUUCGCAAGCUGGAAAAGGAGGAAGAGCACAAAGAGGUGGCCGGGGAUAUCCCACUGCACCGAGGCACGCGAACGAUGAGUCAAAAUACCCAAAGCGAUCGAGUCACGAGAGCCACAAUUCGUUUCCGACCAGCAAUACCUUUGGUAACGUCCAUCAAACCAGACCACCGAGAUUCCAGCGUAAUCAGGAUUUCCAUGGGAAUCAUCACGCGGAAAAUUCAUUCAAAAGUAAUAAUUCAAAGCCGCAAGGAAAUGAGCGUAAGAAUAAUAGUACGACGUUUGGACAGUCCCGAGGUGAAUUCGGUGUCUUUAAUUCGAUCGAUUCGUCCACCUACACGAACAAGAAUCUUCGGUCUCAUGAUGAAAUCGCUAAAAAUCAACACACCGAUAGCAGGUACAAGCAAUCUAUAGAAACCGAGCCAAAGAACAAACACAUUUCGGGUUACGAUGCGCCUCACGGAAAACAGAAUCGAGGCCAACACGAAACACUGCAUAAAACACACGCUGGAGCUUUAAAUGCGAUUGAUAAAAACUACAAAAAUCAAUCAAACCGACCCCAACAUUCUGUCGCUUCAAACGAGCUCUACAAAAACAAUCAUGGAAACAAUCGCAAUCCUGACAAUGAAUCCGCUGGCGGAAAUUGGGUCUGGAAACUGGGAGACGACUGCAUGGCUAAAUACUGGGAAGACAACAGAUACUACAACGCUCAAGUAACUGCCAUAUCUGCAACAACUUGCGUGGUGCGUUUUAAGGACUUCAACAACCACGAAGAAGUACUGCAAGUUGACUGCAUACCUAUAACAGACAAACCUCAGGAAUACUCUGAGCCAGAACUUUCGACAAGGCGGAAUGAUCAACGUGGAUAUGGGAACCGACAAAAUCGCAAUGAUCACGGCGAGAAUCACAUAUCUGGUAUGGAAUUUCGUCGAAGCGGUGGAGGAGGAGUAGGAGGAGGUGGAAAUAUUGGGCAAAAGGGUUACAACCGAAAACGUGGUCAACAACGAAGUGCUCAGCCGAUUUAUCAGCCGCCAGCCCAGCGAGCACAUUCAUCUUCGACCUGGACCGCCAAUGACAACCCACCAAUCUAAUUUAGUUAUUUUUGGCACCACCAUUGCAAACAAUUUGUAUUCGAUAAAAAUCAACUUUCCUUUCACUGUUUUUCGUAAAAUCGUUAAAAUAAUGCAAUCAUUGGAUCAAAGCUUGACGAUAGGACUUACGAAACAUCUGACCUCGACUGAUAAAAAUCGCUUGUUCCAGUUUUCUCCCAGAGUUUCAAUUCAGGCAAAUAACAAAUUAUGCUGUUUGCUGGUUGCCAGAAUAGGUGUUGUUUUUUUUUUUUUCAUGAUCAGUGUGGUUUAGGAGAAAACUUGAAAUUCCUCUCUACGCAUGGCGGCCCAGUCUAUGCGUCAUUUCACCUUAAGAACAUUCUGGAGUUUAAGUAUAAGUAGCUCGUAUAAAAAUUUUGCUCGUUGUAAGAGCGACUUGUUCGAUGUUCGCACAUCGAUUUUGUAAUCGACGUUCUUAACAAUUCACUACUACUCCUUCUAUUGUAAAUCUUUCACAAGAAUAUUAUCACCUAAUUCUCCCUCUUCAUCUUAUUCUUUGCGUAACCCGUUUUCCUUUAUAGUGUACACAAUGCAACAGCAGUAAAAUUGAUUAAACUUUGUUAUAUCUAGAA